AUAAAUUAGAUUUAUAAAGGUAUAGAGAGAGAGAGAGAGAGAGAGAAUGGUCCCUACUUUAUUCGCUAACCCUAAAACACCACUUGUGGACCUAACCAGUAGGCUAUGGCCUCACACUGGGAACAAAGAAACAUGUAAAUACACAUAACUCACAUUUAUACUGUCUCGUACCACCAGAAACCAUAGGGACAAGUCCCUGUCAUUUAUCACAUAAAAAUUAUGUAUAGAACCAAAUCCGGACAUCUGGAAAUCCAUUGUAAAAUAAAUUAAGACGAAAACGAGGGUUACAUUUCCUUUAGUUUACUUCACUGACCAAUGGAUUUGAAUAACGAUCACUAUUUAUUUCCCCUACAUUUUUAGUGGGAAGGGCACAAAUGAACGUUUCUCCAAUAUCUGGAAAAUGAAGAUGAGCCACUCAAUUCAAUGGAACUCUUUGGGUGUGUCCGAACUUGUGGUUUCUUUAAUGGUUUAAUUCUUAACAUAAGUAUAUUGUUUUACUCGGCAAAGGCGAAGUCAGUCAAUCUGGGACGUAUUGGGGGAAUCCCACCGGAACCCCCCCAGGAACUUCAGCCAGGCCAAGAGAGCGCACGUGCUGAGCUGAGCGCGAAAAUCAACUCUGUUUCGCGCACAACAACAAACGUGUCAACAUGGCCAACUCUGCUGGGAUGACGGUGGAAAAUGAUGUGACAGCGUCCCUUCCAUGUAUUGCUGUAGAGACACACGGAGGGCCUGACUUCUCUCUAACACAAGCUUUAGAAGACGUCUCUCAACAAGGAUAUGCCCAGAUUGUGGCGCUCCAGGAGAAACAACAAGUGCUCAGCUCUCUCCAGGCCAUACUAUCAGACAUUGAGAAGAAAGGCAAAGACGCUGAAGUGGAGUUAAAAUCCAAUGUGAGGCAGAUUCUCAUCCUGGAGGGUGAGAUGGAACACCUGCAGCGACACAUGCAAGACCUGGGCCUGAGUUCCAUCACCGUCUACAACGAAAACACAGAGCUCCGACUGCUGAUCGAGGAAGAGGAGGACAACUCCAGCUGUGUGCUGGCCGGUUACAACACCUACCGGAACAAGAUGGAGGGCCACCGGACAGCUGUCUUGCAAGCGGAGAGCCAGACGAGGGCUCACAGGGAGCUAGUGGAGAAAAGGGCUCUGGUCAGAGUGCUCACAGAGAGGAGAGAGGAGCUGAGGGCCGACCUGGAGAACCCAGAGGGGAACGCUGUGAAGCAGGCACAGAAAGAGAUGGAUGAAAUGAGGGGGCAGAUCUCAGCCCGGAGGAAGAUGGUGACUGAGAGAAGAGAGCUCAUCUUGAAGGAGUUUGAGAGUCACACACUGAUCAAGAAGCAUAUCGAGAUCCAGAACAGACGGUACAAUGCCAUCGUGAAGCGUCUCCACUGCCAACUGAUGAAGGCCCAGUCCGGCCACAGGCAGUUGUCUAAUGAUAUCUACCACAUGGAGAGAGAGAUCCAGGACCUCAAGAAGCGCCUCGAGGUGCCAUAAGUUAGCGUUCUGGUUCAUAAAACUGUACGUUUUGUAGUAUGACCUAAGGCUAGGAGUUUUCCCUAACCAAGACAUACUUCAGGCCCUAGUGUAGGUCUGUGCGUAACUGUUUUGUUGCUGUUCAUUUUCUUUUUUACAUUUUUCUCUCUCAUAGUUUUUUCAGUGAAAGUAAUGAAUUGGAAAGCCAUUAAACAAAAACAUGUUUUUACCAAAAACUCCCUUUCCCUCCACAUUACAAAUUUACCUGAAUUUAGAGGUAAAACGGUGACACUCACUGAACAGCAGAGGGCAAUGGUGUCAACCAACUAAGAAAUAGCAGCUCUUCCUGCGUUACUGUAUAGAAGACAAUAAUCACGUCAGUCACUUUGUAGACAAAACAAUAUUUAUUGGUGUGUUUCUCUCCUGUCUCAUCAUCUUGACAAAAACAACAGAUCAGAACAGGAGACAAACUGAUGAGAUGGAGACGUGAAGGAAACCUUUUAUACAUUAAACCAUGGCAUGGAUCGCCUUAGCGUAAAUGCUGUACAUGAUAGAACCAACUACCAGCGGAUUACACACACUAAGACACGCAACAUCAGAGGAACAGAAUACUGAGUCAUCAUCAACGGUUUUAGGGUUAGAGAAUAAAGUAGGGACCAAACUUUCCUUUCUCUCUCUCUCUCUCUCUCUCUCUCUCUCAUAUAUUAAUAAUUGAUGGUGCUUUUAAACGGAACAAAAAUAAGAUGAAACAGGGUAGAAACGUGUUCUUGUUUGUUUGUGUAUGUGUGUGAAUACAGUGCUUUCUCAUUAUGUUCCCUUCCCGACAUUAAAGAAGUCUCGGUCCCCAGAGA